AUGUGGAGAAGAGGAGCCAACCUUGAUGGAGAUGUUGCUAAUUUUAUUGAAACUGAGCGGUUGGUGGAGAUUGAAGGUUUCCAGUCCCCAUUAUUGCAGAUUCGAGGUUCAAUUCGGCUUCUUUGGGAGCAAAUUGUUGACUUGAGAUAUAAACCACAACUUAGAAUUAUUACUCAUGAGCAGACGUCAAAUGUUGUGGAGUGCCAUUUUUUUAAUCUUUCGCAAAGAUAUGGAGAGACAAUGGCAGUAGACCUAACUGAUCAACAUGGCGAUGAAGGUCAACUAAGCACGGCAUUUUCUGCUGAAAUGCAAAAUCUACCAAACGUGAGAUACGUUUCAUUUGACUUUCAUCAUGUAUGUGGUAACUCAAACUUUGAAAACCUAAAGUUGAGCAGAUUAUUCCCCGUAGAUGCGAAAGGCAAUAUACUGGAGGAGCAGAAAGGGAUUGUCAGAUCAAACUGCAUUGAUUGCCUAGAUAGAACAAAUGUUACUCAGAGUUACUUGGCCCAGAAGUCUCUAGAUGCACAGUUGCAGAGGACUGGAGUGCUGGAUUCUUUUGAAAACAUUUCUAUGUUUGCUGAAGACUAUCAAACAUUUAGAGCGUUGUGGGCGGAGCAAGGUGACGAGAUAAGCCUCGAGUAUGCAGGGACGUAUGCCCUGAAAGGGGACCUGGUUAGGAUGGCAUUCGGCAGGAUCCCUAUGGAUCUUAUCAGUGGCCGCUAUACAGUUAGAAGGGAUAUUUCACCAUCCCGGGCUGAAUCUUUUUCUGGGGAUGACAAGGAUCAGACUGUUAGGUGGCUAAACCGAACUGAAGCUGUGGACUAA